CGUCGCGCACAUACGUGCAUACGUCAGUCGCAGUUUACGGUACAUACAAACACACGUACGCGCGAUCCUCUCUGACAGAGUUUGAAUCUGAUAUUUUCGAAGUCGCGCGUGCCGCGCCGCAACUCGUAAACUGACGCCGACGGCGAUCAUCGCGGUGUCGCGCGUCUGUGGUGUGUCUACUUCGUGUAGCGUGCGCGUCUCAAGAGAGACGGUGCCCGUGCGCAUUCCGCGACAUUCCGCGUGCGGUACGCCGUGUGAUUCGCAGCCGCCGCCGCCGUCACAGCAGCAGCAGCAGCAGCUCGCGGCCACUCGACCCUGACUCGUGCGACUUAUGCCUAGGUGACCCCACGCUUACGACUUUCUCCAACCUAGUUCCGAACGCGGACAUUGAGCGAGUGCCAGACGGAAGUAAAGCUGUCGUCUCUUUUUCUCUUUGUCAUCGUCAUCGUCGGCGUCGACGUCGUGGACAUCGCAGCAAGCGUCGCCGUCGUCGGCGACGUUGUGAUCAGAAGCCAUCACAGUUCACACCUCUGAUACAAAAUGGGUAGCAGCAACCAGCAACUAUAUAGCCUCUCUUGGGGAGAGUUCAGUUCCUCUUUGGUUUCAUCGGUGCAACUCUUGAGAGGACACGGUGAUUUGGUGGAUGUUACUCUGGCUGCUGGUGGCCGUACCUUUCCUGCGCACAAAAUUGUCCUCUGCGCAGCCAGUCCUUUUCUGUUGGACCUGCUAAAGAGCACACCAUGCCAGCAUCCAGUAGUUAUGCUGGCUGGAAUUGGGGCAGAAGACUUAGAGUCGCUUUUAGAAUUUGUAUACCGAGGAGAAGUGAGCGUGGAACCGUCACAGUUGCCUUCACUACUCCAAGCUGCUCAUUGUCUGAGCAUCCAUGGACUAACACCACCGACCAUUCUAACAGAGAAUGGGGAAGAGAUCCCGCCGUCGGCAAUACCGACGGUGAACGAUAACGUAUCGAAAGCAACGCUUAACUCGUACUACCCGCUGAAACGGAGGAAAAAGAGGAGGAAGUCGUCCACAUCCUCCGCAAAGUGGGCCUGCACCAGCAACACGACUGACAGCGAGAGCAGGCCCGUGGACGGACACGACAACAACCGAACAAUGCCUUACGAGAAUAAGGAUGAUGAUACUACGGAUCAAACUGACGAUACAGCGGGCAACUGCCUGGAGUACGCGAACAACCAUCAAGGCGGCAACCACUCACCGCGUAUGCAAGAGUCCUCCGUCAUGGAUAAUCAUCAGGCGAUGAGCGCGUAUCAGGAUCAAGCGUCGGAUGGCGAGUCGCAUAUGCAAACGAUGAUGCCGAUGCAGGGGUUCUCGCCAUUGCAUAUACCACAAUUCUCCGGUUCUAUGAACAUGGGCUAUUCCUCCGGUGCCGGGCUGUCGCUCGCAGCUAGCCAGUCAGCCGGCGCGCCGACGUGUCUGUUAACUCGGAAUCAGAAAGCGCGCGGUUCCUCCGACUCUCCAGGUGUGUGUCCGUUGUGCGGUGCGACGCUGCGUCAAGCGAGGAAUCUACGUAGGCACCUACUGUCAUCGUGCAAGUACCGCUUCAGCAACAACUCGGCGCAGAAUAUCGGCAACGAUCCACCAAUGAUGAUAGGCGUGAAGACUGAGGUCGAAAUUCCCGGCUACAACGAUCAGACUACUCGCGGGAGCGCCGACAGUGGUGGCAGCAAUAACAGCUGCGAACAGAUAGUCUGCAAGCCUAGCUUACUUUCGCCGACGACGCAGAGUAUGCAUGACUCGGUGUCGCCGCAAAGGAGCAUCCCGUCGCCAACGAUGGCAAGAUAAAUUGUACAGGUGGAGGACUCCUUAUCAGGAGCGUGUUCGGGUAUGAUGAUAAGCAUACGUGUGAGCGCGUCGUCGCUCAUUCUCAUUUCUUUAAGGAAAAAAGGAUUUCUCGUAGCCAAUUCCGUAACGGAUUCCGUUUCGGUUGUCAACGACGAUCGCGUUUAUCAGUGGACCCCGGACUCGGCGUCGCGAAUACCCGACCGCGUGUACUUACGUGAGAGUUUAUUGUGUGUGCUUCCGUUGUUCGCUCCAGUCUAAGCGAGUGGGGAAAAUGGACAUAAGAAUGGUGGAAUAUCAUCGACGAAAUCAUCUCGCUUGUAUAGUACAAUUGUACAGUGCCGCCCGGUGCGAAGAAGGAAUCGAGAUGGUGGUGAAAAUAUCCAAACUCUGCGAGCAGCAAAAUUCGCGUCCUAUGAAAAUUAUUUUAAUCGGGAUCCGUCCCAAAAUUUAACUAAGUAACAUCUAGAAUUCCUUCUUUUUGCGAUUAAUCUCUUCAGGAAUACUAACAUAUACAUAUGUUUAGGUAGAUUCAAUUUUUCUAUCUCAAUUCGAACAAGUUGUCGACAAAAUAUAAUGAUAUUAUAAAUUAAUAUUAUAUAAUAAUUAUAUUUUGUGAAUAAACACUCAUUAUAAUUUCACUAGAAAGAGAUAUUUUGCUACUAGAUGUUAUAUUUAUGUCACUUUAAAAUUGAAUCAUUUCUCCCGAUAUGAAAAAAUUCAUUCCUAAAGAGAUUAAUUCUGUGGCACUACUUUAUUGUGCUAACGUGGAAAAUUCAUUUAUGUUGAACGUGACAAGUUUACACGGAUGUCUUAUCUUGAUUGCAUUGCACAAAUGAGACGUCCGUCGAUGAUCGAAGGACCAUCUUCAGGUUCAUUUUCUCCGACUCUUUCUAUGGAGCGAACAACGGAAGCACACAGAGUGAACUGCCACGUACCUACAUCCAGAUUCGGCGUACGCGGUUCCCCUGACGUGUACUUACGUGAGAGUUCAUUGUGUGCUUCCGUUGUGCAUUCUACGAGCAACAAUUACAGAAAGUGGACACGAGGACGAUGAAGGACCAUCGACGUCUCAUUUGUAUACUUGUUUCGUUUAGUUGCACCGAGCGAUCGCACUUGUUAUUUAACACGUUUCCUACCAGCGUCGCACAUGUGCAUCGAUCUCUCACUUCAUUUUUAUUCUGAUUUUUCAACUUAACACGUUUGCUACCAACGUUGUAUGUGUAGGAUAACUAUAGCUUUUCUUUAUAUUUACAUCUACAUACAAACAAACCAAGUGUUUUACAUGAAAACUAAUGUGGCCUGUGAUGAGAAUUCCUAAAAAAGACUAUGGUAGCGAACGUGUUGACAGUAAAUUAAUUCGAGAUUCCUCGCGAAGACCUAUGUUCAACAUAAACGAAUCUUCUAUAUUAAUGUGUAAGCCAGAAGCGUAGAAUUAAUCGCGGCGCAACUUUGAGGACAGAGUACCAGUGAGAAAGAGAAGUGCGCGACAUGCUCGAUAUUCUUUUAUCUUCUAGACUGUUAGACGAAUCUCAGUGUGGACAAUUAGCAUGCGCGCUCUUCGAAUUUCGCCCCUCGCAGGUUGACCUCGAUUCUUCCGCAUCGGGAUGGUCUAAUGUAUAGUAGCGGUGUAAAUUCUAAAUACACUGUCUAUCUAUCGAGCGCGAACAGUUUUUUAACGAAAAAAAACCAAGACAGCCACGAAGCAAAACGAUAAUCGGCGCACAUUCCUAUUUUGUAAGGACGGACUCUGCGUAUAUCGUGGGCUGUUGACAAUAGUGCAUAUACAAAGCGAUUAGGGCUUCAUCGAGGAGGAAAUAGGAUUAAAACAAUAUAAUAAUGUAUCGUCCAUCUCUUAUUUCUUUCCGUUUCUCUUCUUUCUUUCUUUCUUGCUUGCCUGCUUUCUUUUUGCAAAUAAAUCAUGUAAUAACUUUCA